UUGUCUAAAGACUUCCGGAUAACGUAUCAUACGAAGAGGGAGCACUGGUAGAAGCGCUGGCAGUUGUGGUACACGCUUGCCGUCGAGUGAACGUACAUGUGGGCCAUCAGGUGCUGAUCUGUGGUGCGGGACCAGUCGGAAUCAUGAGUUUUCUGUGCGCCAAAGCAUUCGGUGCCACAAAAGUAUUCCUCACAGACAUCAAUGAAAGUCGUCUAAAACUGGCGUCUGAGUUGGGCGCCGACGGAGUCUUCGUAAUUGAUACCAAAAACUUUAACGACAAAGAAAUGGCGCAAAAAAUCCGCAAAGAGCUGAGCGCCGACUGU